UAAUUACACAUUAUUAAAGGCAGCUGUUGGUAGUCGGUUAAUGUUGUUUGGUUCGUCAGUUUGAAGUACUUUUGUUUCGGUAGACAUGAGCGCUUCAGGCGGAACACCUUAUAUCGGCAGUAAAAUCAGUUUGAUAUCGAAGGCGCAGAUUCGGUAUGAGGGCAUCUUGUCCUCUGUGGACACAGAAAGGUCCACGGUUGCUUUGGCCAAAGUGAAAUCGUGUGGGACAGAAGACCGGCAUACUGACAGGCCAGUACCUCCUAAAGAUGAAACCUAUGAGUACAUAAUCUUCCGAGGGAGUGACAUCAAGGAUAUUACAGUGUCUGAACCACCAAAACCACACUAUGGACUGCCUCAUGACCCUGCUAUUGUAAAGUCCUCUAUUGGGAGCCCAUCUGGUGUGCAUCACCCACGCUGGAGUCCAUACAGGGACAUGGUGCCCACCUACAACCAAAUGGCUGCUAGUUCUCUCCUUAACCAGCAGUAUGCUGCUGCACUGGGUCUAGUACCUGGAAUUCGCAGCAUCCCAACCAGAAGGGUUCCCAUGGUUGAACAAGCUGUCCAAACUGUGCCAUUGACCACUGGUAGCCAGAAAAGGGUAAAAUUGUCAACCCAGCCGCAGGUACAAAGACCUGUCCACUCAAUGCAGCCCACAGCCCAGAAUACUUCCCAGGCAGAGAAGGAGAAUGUUCCCAACAUUGAGGCGGAAUCUCAGCCCAGCAUAGGGAAGGAUGAAGACAAACCACCUGAGAACCAGAAACGAAGGCAAAAGCAAGGCAAUCGCAGAUCCAGGAACCGAAGCAGAGGCCAACUUCUCGCAAAAAACUCAAAAGCUAAAACUUUACAGUUUGAGUCAGACUUUGACUUUGAAACAGCAAAUGCUCAGUUUGAGGAUGAUCUGACAAAGGAGUUUCAUGCAGAUCAGAUGAGUUCUAGUGAGCACGAGAACAGCCAGGAUGUGAUGGAGGAAAUACUUCACCCCAAGUACUACGAUAAGGCAAAAUGCUUCUUUGACAAUGUGUCUUCAGACCUUAAGCCCAGCAGGACCACUUGGGCUGAGGAGAAAAAGCUGAACAUGGAAACAUUUGGGGUGCCUGGACGCUUUCUGAGGGGCAGAGCACGCCGGGGACGAAGCUCCACCCAACAGCGCCCACUCCCUAAAAUGGGUAGUGGGAGGGUGUGAAGGUUUUUGGUUAUUUGAAUUUUUUUUUCUCCUUAUUUAAUAGCAUCUCUCAUGUCUUUAUUUUCCUUUGCUUUCAAAUCUGCAUUGCAUAUUGUACUCUAAAUGUUUAUGUAAUGAGAGCAAUUUGUUUUCUUGACUUUAAAAAAAGUCACGGCAUGCAGCCUGGCUUGUCAAACUUUCUUUUGACUAUGGUCAUGAAAUUGUCUAGGCUGUCAAAAUAAAAGUCCUUUAUGGAUGUU